AUGGAUAAACGGAAGAUCGAUUCAUUGAAAAGCAAAAUAGACGAAAUUGAACUUUUGCUGUCAAUGUUUUCAGAAAAUGAGAUUAAACUAGGCGAUAAAGAAGCCUAUCAAAAUAUCAAGUGUCAUGCAGAAUUGAAUGUUCUCCCUGAAAAAACAGAUAUAGAUUUUGUAAUUAAUCUUGAAAAUAAAGUAGAAUUAUCAGUUGUUCUACCUGAUGGAUAUCCAUCAUGGAAUUCAUGUUUUCCAGUUAAACCCUUAGUUACUCUACGUUUAUUAUUAUCAUCAUCCUCAUCAGAUCCUUCAAAUCAUGGAAUAAAUGUACGUGAAUUAUCUUCACGAUUUAAUCAAUGGUUAGAUGAAACAGCCAAUAACGGUGAACCAGUAUUAGUAGCAUCUAUAGAUUGGCUUCAAAAUGAAUUUAUCAAUGGUUCUUUUAUGCUAAAUGAAACUGUCGAAUCUAUACAAACCAACCAAACUCUACUGGAUGAUGAUAAUAAGCCAUGCAUAGCUUGUUUAUGGAUUAUUAGUCAUCAUAUUAGAAGUCCAAUUAAAAGACGUUUAAUUUUGGAAUGGUCCAAAGAAUUAGACUUAACUGGUUGUUGUAUGCCUGGUAAACCUGGUCUAAUAGUUGUUGAAGGUGAAGAAAGUAAGGCUGAUGAAUACUGGCGUAGAUUACGCAAUCUACAAUGGAAACAUAUACAACUUCGUGAGAAAGAAAUUCUUGGCAGUGGAUUAUACAAACUUCGUCGAUUUACAGAUGGAUUUCAUGAAUUGGCACUAUCUCAACAAAGUUGGUUUCAAUGGUUAUAUCAGCAUAAGGUGUCAUCAGAGGAAUAUAAACGGAUAUUUGGAAUACCUGGACGAUUACCUCAAAGUGAACAACAGCACUGUCGUGAUCAUCACGAACAACAACAACAAUCGAAAUCGUAG